AUGGAAGAGCAAGCCAAAGAUACAUCUAGCCCAGAGCCAAUUGCAAUCAUUGGCAUGGGAUGUCGUUUUGCCGGCGAAGCAUCGUCUGUUGAAGGAUUCUGGGACAUGCUUCGCCUAGGUCGAAAGGAGCAUGGGCGUGUUCCUGCUAGUCGUUAUCAAGCCUCAGCCUGGGAACAUCCCAGUCACGAGCGCAAAGGGGCUAUCAAUCACGAUAGCGGCUUCUUUCUAGCCGAGGAUCCAUCCCGCUUCGAUGCACCCUUCUUUUCCAUCACGUCCAAGGAAGCUGCAGGCAUGGAUCCUGUUCAGCGCAUCCUGCUCGAAGUGGCGUAUGAAGCUUUUGAGAAUGGAGGCGUGCCGAUGGAAUCACUACCCGGUAGUACUACCGGUGUCUAUAGCGGAUGCAUGACCAAUGACUACGAGCUGCUGUCAACUCGGGAUAUCAUGGAUAUGCCACACAACUCGGCCACGGGUAAUGGGAGAACUAUGUUGGCUAACCGCCUUUCAUGGUUCUUUGAUCUUCGUGGUCCCAGCAUCAUGCUGGACACGGCCUGUUCGUCCAGCUUGACGGCGCUGCAUCUGGCUACCCAGGCACUACGGGCAGGCGAAUGUAGCCAGGCGCUGGUCACCGGAGCAAGUCUGAUAUUGCAUCCGAAUUUUACCCAGCGGCUGUCGUACAUGCAUAUGCUCAGUGCCGAUGGUAUCAGUCACUCUUUUGAUAGUAAAGCUAAUGGGUAUGGUAGGGGUGAGGGAUUCGGUGCAAUCUUGCUGAAACCCUUGUCCAAGGCCAUGGCAGACGGUGACGCGAUCAGAGCAAUCGUUCGUGCUACUGGCUCUAAUCAGGAUGGACGUACUCCGGGAAUCACCAUGCCGAAUCCAACCGCCCAGGCUGAUUUGAUCAGAUCAACCUAUUCUCAAGCUCAAUUAUCGAUGGGAGAUACGUCUUAUUUUGAAGCCCAUGGAACUGGGACAGCAAUUGGUGUUACAAGCUUUGGUGCCGAACGAAAGCCAGGCGAUGAGCCUGUUUACGUCGGAUCUGUCAAAAGCAACCUAGGACAUACCGAGGGUGCUGCCGGCGUAGCCAGCAUUAUCAAGGUGGUUCUUUGCUUAGAAAAGGGGAUGCUCGUUCCUAACGCAGGCUUCUCGAACUUGAACCCUAAGAUCCGACUGGAGGAAUGGAGCUUGCGCUUAAGCAACACCACCGCACCGUGGCCACCUCAUCUGCCGCAACGUGCAAGCAUCAACUCUUUUGGCUUUGGGGGUGCAAACGCUCAUGCUAUUCUUGAGAGCACAGCGCAGUACCUUGCACAUACUAUGGCUACACGGCGAUCCCAGCUCCCGUUUCGCAGCUUCGCCGUGGUUGAUUCGCUAGCAGAGCUACAAGAUGUGAUGGCCGCGGGCUUGCCUACUUUCCCUCGAGCCAGCCGUAAGAACCAGACGCACCUCGCGUUCGUUUUCACGGGUCAAGGUGCCCAGUGGCCACGUAUGGGUGUCCAGCUAUUAGCAAACCCAGUGUUUGCGGCCAGUAUAGAACGCAGUCAGCAGGUGCUGCGGAGUUUUGACUGCCCGUGGGAUUUACUCGCGGAGAUCCGUGCGGAUUCAACGACUAGCCGCAUCAAUCGACCAGAUCGCAGUCAGCCCUCUUGUUGCGCUUUACAGAUUGCCCUGGUAGACAUGCUUCGCAGCUGGGGCGUGACUCCUAAGGCAGUGGUAGGCCAUUCCAGUGGUGAAGUUGGGGCUGCCUAUGCGGCCGGCUACUUGACCCACGAGGAUGCCAUUCGUGUCACGUAUUUCCGCGGUGUGCUAUCACAACGGAUUGCUGAAAGUGGGAGCCGCGGUGGUAUGCUCGCUGCUGGUAUUUCUGCCGCUGAUGUGCAGGGAUAUUUGCAGACCCUACCCCCGGAGUCCGUGGUAAUAGCUUGUGUGAACAGCCCAUCGAGUGUCACUCUUUCCGGCAACAUUGACGAAAUAAAUCUGCUUGAGGGGCGUUUGCAAGCAGACAGUCGUUUUGCGCGCAAGCUGCGCGUAGACACUGCCUACCACUCACCGCACAUGAGAGUGUUGGCUGAUGACUAUAAAGCAGCCAUUGAAUCUAUUCAGCCGACCGACAGGUACAAUGGAUCCAUAGCUAUGUUCUCGUCUGUCAACAAAGAGCUCUUGCAGCCAGCAGAUCUAGACGCGGCAUACUGGGUGCGCAACCUGGUCAGCCCAGUUGAGUUUGCUGCGGCAGUCACCAAAAUUGUUACCAUGGCCGAGGUCGGUAAAGGACGAGGGAGACGGCGAGUAGUUCCAGUCAAGUGGGCAGGCUUCUUGGAAAUUGGACCACAUGAAGCUCUAAAGGGGCCGUUCAAUCAGACCCUGCAGGAAGCCAAUGCUGAUUUGGCUUCCAUUCCUUACAGAAGUCUAGUGCUGCGCAAGCAGAACUCUCGGCAAACCGCCCUUCAAGCUGCCGGUCUCUUGUGGUGCUUGGGCUAUGCGAUCGACCUAGAUACAGCAAACCAAAGCUUUCUGGACGGCAUAAGGCCACAAGUGAGCCGAGACCUUCCAUCUUACGCAUGGAACCAUCAGUCCAGCUUCUGGCAUGAGCCAUUGGAGUCAGCCCGGCUGCGACAGCGCACAGAACCCCGUCACGACCUCCUCGGUAUACCUUGGGACUACCAGAAUGAUCUGGAGCCGCGGUGGCGUAAUUUCCUCCGGGUUUCGGAACUGCCCUGGCUUGCGGAUCAUGUGGUGGCUGGCUCUAUAGUAUAUCCAGCAGCUGGCAUGGUGUCCAUGGUUGCAGAGGCAGCCCGUCAGCUUUCAGACACUACGAAGUGGUUAGAGGGGAUUGAAUUCCAUGAUCUUGACUUUUUCCGGGGAGUUGUAAUUCCCCCAGACGAACGGGGUCUGGAAGUGGUUCUCCAUGUGGCACCGCAUCGCGGCAUGAAUGGAUGGUAUGAAUUCGGCAUUUUCUCCUUGCCUGAGAAUUCAUCCUGGGUCCAGCAUGCGAAAGGGACCUUUGCUCCACAGUAUGCUGAUGAAGAUGGGGUGGGAUGUGCUGCAGACUGGCAGAGCACCGUACAACGAGUGCGACAGACGCAAGCUGUGGCAAAGAAGGCUGAGAUCGAGGCCGUCUAUGAAUGGCUCUCAGAAACCGGGGGCGUCAAAGUCUGGGAUCGACCUUCCGGGUCUCGUCUGUACGUCACUGGAGUCGCACCAAAUACCAAGCAGAUGAUGCCAUAUGAGCGUGAAUCUCCAUGCCUUAUCCAUCCCACCGCGCUGGAUGCCCUCUUCCAGGCUGCCGUGUUGUCCUGCUCAGAUGCCCUGACCAACCACAACGCGAAUAUUCCCGUGGGAGUAGAGCGUCUUUAUCUCUCGACAGACUUCUCCUUGCAGGCUGGUGACCGAUACGAUGUGCAUGUCGAGACACGCUACGAGAAUGGUGUGUCACUUUCGGAAUCGAUCGCAUCCAACCCAUCCUGGCAGCAGCCGGGAGUGGUUCUGCAAGGGGUGCGAUUAGGUCGCGUGCCUAAGCGGUCCGGUAACUCGACCAAAGAGGAAAUCCAGCAAAGCCGGUUCUCGACGCUUCGAUGGGCUGAGCAUCUAGAUUCUUUCUGUGGUCCAGAAGUCCGUCUAUCUGGUGGACUGCAGAGCUGGAUUGGCCGGGUCUGCCACACUCAUGGGGAUGCUCGCAUCCUGGCGGUGACUACCAGAAGCACGGAUCAGGUGCUUGAAGCUCUCGAGCCAUAUGCGCCGAAACGCAGUCAUCGACCUCGACUACAACAGCUCACCAUCGUUCUAUCUGACCCAGACAUUGCGGGAUCAACUGACCAGGUCAAGGCCAUUCAGGAAUCUCUGGAAGGGUGUCAGGUCCUGCCAGUUGCGUCCCUGCAGGAUCUAGACACGAAAUUACUGGGAGAAGGCGCCUAUGAUGCGGUCAUUGUUGAUCAUCCGAAUGUCUGGAGAGGUAAUACUGCCAAGGCCCUGCUCGACUCUUUGCUUCCUAUUACUGGACCGGAAUCUUGGAUUGUCGCUCGAGCGACUGAUGAAGAGCACGAUGCAGUAUUACGCAAUGCAGGCCAUGCAGACUGGGAAGUACAGAGCUUGAUUGAUGAUACUGACUAUCUUCUCCUUCGCCGUCAACAUGCUCCGGUAAAGUUGGAGCCAACAGUCUACAUCUUGAGCAGCGCAGCGAAUGAGUCGGUUGGUCCUCUUUUGCAUGAGCUGGAUGGCGUCGUGGGCAACCUCGGCUCUAAGAUUGAGCUGGUAGAUAUUGAUAAGGCUUCAGAGCUGAAAGAUAAAACCAUCAUAUCACUGCUCGAGCUGCAGCGUCCGUGGAUAACGAACUGGGCGUCAAAUGAGAUCUCACGCUUUCGGUCCUUGUUGGAAGCAAAGUGUCUCCUCUGGGUGUCGCAGUGCCCGGAGCACGAGGCAUCUGGCUAUGCAGGCUUCGGGGCUACGACGGGACUUUUGCGGACCGUACGCAAUGAGAACGCCCGUAUCAUGCUGCCUCAAUUGCUUGUUUCCGAAAAGGAGAAUGAUCCUCAUAUUCUGGCGCGCAAAAUUGCACACGUGUUGCAGCUAACAUUGCAGCCCCAAUCACGGCCGCAUGACUGGGAAUUCUAUGUGCAAGACAAUCGUCUGCUUGUUCCGCGAACCGUCGCGACUGCUCCAGUGGAUGAAUGCAUGGAUACGCUCUUACAUGGACCGCGUCCUAUCAUGGCAGAGCUCGCACAAGACUCGAGACCGCUGCAAUUCUGUAAUAAGUCGCAGGAUAUCAGUGAUUUCCAGUGGGAGCUGGACGACCGGUUGAAUACAGCUUUAGCCGAUGAUCUAGUUGAGGUUCAACUACACAAGAUCUCCAUCUGUGAGCCCACCGGCAAAGGUGGCAUCUCCCCAGAGGCACGUACAGCGGCCAUCGAAGCAGUCGGAGUGGUCCGCCAGGUUGGGGCAUCUAUCGGCUCAGCAUUCCAAGUGGGAGAUGAAGUCUUGUGUGCCAUCCCCAGUGAUGCGUGGUCCAGUGCUUUAGCCACCCAUGCUCGCCUUCCAGCAAGUGCCAUCUGGCAUUCGCCAUCACGUCAGGAUCAGGCAAAGUCGGUUUCCAUGCCAGUGGCGUUUGCAGCUGCCUAUACCAGCCUGUUUGGCAGCUUCGGGGCUUCUGCUUCGUCGGUUCUCAUAGUUGGUUCAAAUAGCCAGACCUUGCGCGCCACAGUUGACUGUGCUCUGGCUGCUGGCAUGCAGGUGUACGUGGCGGUCAAUGGCGAGAAUAAUCUCAAGGAGAUGCGCUCCAAGUUUGCUGGAUUGCAUGAAAGAAUUAUUCCCAUUCAUAGGGAGCUUGAUACAACCGUCAAACGGCUGACUGGGGGCAAGGGGGUAGAGCUCAGCGUUUGCUGCCUGGGAGGUUCUGUCAGUCGACUUGCGGCGCGUUGCUUGUCUUACAGCGGCAGGCUGGUGGAUCUUAGCGAGGAGCUGAACCUAGCUGCUCUACCUCAGACAUUCGUUGACCGCGGAUGCACUGUCAGCUCUGUAAGGUUAUCGAGGAUGCUCCGCGAAGCUCCCCGCCAGCUGCAGGCCAACUUCCAUCGUGCAGUUGAUCUUCUUGGAUCAGACGCCCUCGCCAGGGUCCAAUCUUAUCCUUCCUUCCCGGUUUCCCGGGUCGCAGAUGCUGUUGCGCAUGCACGCGACAGCGGUACCCGUGUGGUUAUCGAUCUUCAGGCUCCAGGCAAGGUGCCAAUUGUGCCAGCCCUCCCAGAUCCUGCCCCUCUGCCUGCGGAAAAUACCUACAUUCUAGUCGGUGGGCUGGGCACUCUCGGGAUUGCAAUAGCCAAUACGCUUGCCAACUGCGGCGCCCGUCAUCUUGUCUUCUUGAGCCGCUCUGGGGCUGUUCGGGAGACACAGCAGAUUACACUGAAAGAGCUUCAAGACCGAGGUGUGCAAACCGAUAUCGUGCAAUGCAACGCUGCCAGCCGGGAUGAGGUGCAAAGUCUGUUGACCCGAGCUGAAGAAAGUCGCUGGCGCAUUCGUGGUAUCGUGCAAUGUGCAACUGUUCUCAAGGACGGUAUGUUUGAGCAUAUGGAUUUCGACGCGUGGAAGCAAUCCACCGAGCCCAAGAUCCAGGGGACAUGGAACCUCCACGAGGCGUUCUCCUCCACCCCGCUAGACUUCUUCGUGACACUGUCAUCAGUAGCCAGUAUAACCGGAAACAUGGGCCAGGCCAACUACGCAGCCGGAAACGGGUACAUGGACGCGCUGAUGACCUGGCGACGCAAACACCACCUACCAGGACACAGCAUCAACAUCGGCCUAGUCCCAGACGCCAGCGGACUGGGCGACGUAGCCGAAACACCCGAGCAGCGACGCCAGCGAUACCGACACCUAGAGGGUACCGAGAUACUGCAGCAUGAGGUUCAAACUCUGCUUCGCGUGAUCGUCCAGAAAGUCACCCCGGUCCCGGCACAAGUCAUCGCGGGGCUAACGGACACGCUACCGCGCACCGACGGGGCAACUUCCUGGCAAUUCGAUCGCAAAUUCGAUCACCGCAUUCAAGUUCUUGCUGAUGAGGAGGCAGGAGCUGGUGUGGUCAAGACCAGCACGUUGCUGAAGAAGGCGGAGUCGGUGGAUGAGGCGGUGCGCGUCGUGAAUCAAGCACUGCAGGAGUAUUUGGCCAGGGCGAUGGCGUCGUCGGCGGAGGCUAUCGAUUUGGAGUUGCCUUUCUCGGCGUUGGGUGUUGACUCGCUCAAAGCCGCGGAGGUUCAGAACUGGACUGCCGAUUAG